UUUUGCAUUUUUAAAUUAUAUGAAAUACUUUCAUUCAAAUGGUUUUUAUUUUAAAUAAAAGGGCCAAUAUGAAACACAACAAAAUAUCACAUCAAAUGGUCAAAAAGGGAGCAAGUGUCAAAAAAAGUGGGCCAGAUGCUGUACAGCAUAUACAGUAUGUCGCUGUCAAAAACACUUCAGAAAAAGAAAAGAGGUCUUAAAACAAUUUGAAGGAAUAGUUCACCCGAAAAUGAAAAUUUUGUCAUCAUUUGCCCAUCCUCCAGUUGUUACAAACAUUUAUACAUUUCAUUUCAUUGUCAUAAGUCUUUUGUUCUACUAUGGGAGCCAAUGGUGACCCAAAACGGCUUAGUUACAAACUUUUAUUAAAAAAUCUUCAUUUGUGUUCAGCACAAAGAACAUUAAACUGUCACUCAUUUCAGUUGUGGGUAAACCUAACUUCAUAGGUUUGAAUGACAUCCAGUCCCUAAAGCCACCCUGACUCUAUCAGCGUCAUCAAUAAUGGAAAAAAAUGAAGGAUCAAACCACAUGCAUAUGACAAAGUAUAUAGCAGCAAGCACUAUAAAACACCCAGUGAUCCAUAAUAACACAUUUAUCUUCAGUGUCAGCAUAUCAGGUGCAUUUUCAUUUUCUAGAUAUGUGUUCUGUAUCAUGUUUGCUUAUGGCUGCUUUUAAAUGUUUUUUUUUAAUAUAUCAAAUAAUUUUGUAAACCUAUCAUUGCAUUGAUUAAUUCAGAUCACUAAUCACUUUUGUCCAAUCAUUUCUACAGGCUUUGACAAAAUGUUAUGGAAGAACUGGACGACCAUCUCCGAGUUCAUCAUUGUGGGUUUCCCUGGGCUCCACUCCGACUAUUAUGGCCUCGUUUCUGCCAUUUUUUUCCUCGUCUACAUCAUCACACUGACUGGAAACACGCUCUUUCUGGUGUUCUUUUUUACCUCCGAAAGCCUCAGAAAGCCCAUGUACAUUAUCCUCGCGAGCCUGGCGCUUUGUGAUACGUGUUUCUCCACGGUUGCUUUGCCUAAGAUCAUAGCCAAGUACUGGUUCGAUGCCGGAGCGUCCCCUUUUCACGCUUGCUUCCUCCAAAUGCAUAUGAUCCACUACUUGGGGACAAUAAACUCGCUGAUAUUGAUGAUCAUGGCCCUUGAUCGCUAUGUGGCUAUAUGUUACUCUCUGCGAUACCAGACCAUCAUGACAAAUCGCUUAACGUACAUCUUCAACAUCACAGCCUGGCUGGCUGGCUUAAUCGCCCCCACUAUAGCCACCCUACUCGCCCAACAGCUUCCUUACUGCGGUCCAAAACUGAUCAUUCAAUGCUACUGUGACCACAUCUCUAUUACAAACCUGGCUUGUGGUGAUAGCAGCCAACAGAAGCUGCUCACUCUGUGUUUGGCUCUGUUCGUCCUCCUUGUUCCUCUAGCGUUCAUCAUUUACUCUUAUUGUCACAUCAUAGCAUCUGUGAUGAAGCUUGCAAAUGCUCACAGCCGCUGGAAGACCUUUGCGACAUGCAGCACGCAGCUGUGCAUCAUCACCCUGUUUUACGUGCCUCGCUGCGUCGUGUACAUCACAAGCGUCCUGCAAUUCAAAAUCAGCACAGAUUUUAGAAUACUUCUCAUACUGCUCUAUAGUCUCGUUCCUCCACUGAUAAAUCCAUUUAUUUACUGUUUACGCACCCAGGAGAUCCGAAAGAUUUUUAUUAGGUGGAUAAACAAGCAAAGAGUGAUUCAAGAGACAGCCAGAAUCAAUGUGAUUGCAAUCUGA